AUGACCCGCCGAAUAGUCCGAACGGGUAUUCAGCUUAUAACCUUCACGAUCAUCGCCUGUUUCCUGGUCUUCUUUGUCGAUAGUCGAUACCGCGUCCUCCCUCAAUCCGUUCACAGCCACCUGCCCCUACACCACGAGGGCCUCGUCAUCACCGACAUCACCAUACAGACAUGCUCGAGCUUAAACCCGCUAUCGAAAUGCAUGCUGGACCAAAAGAAGUGGCACCGCGUCGAGAAAGACCUUUAUCUCGGCUCGGGCUGGGUAUCCAAGGCAUACGUGCACAUCAAGCGCAAGAGAGAGGAGGAGCUCACGAGCGACGAUAAAGUCAUAAUCGAUGUACGCACCGGCAAGCUCGACCCAGCCAUGGGUGAGAAGGCUCAGGCAUCAGAGAAGUGGGAGUCCCGACCCGCUGGCAUUUGGAUUAAGAGGUCGCUGAAACGUCACGCGAGCGACUCAAAGCAGGCUGUGACUGCUGUUGACAUACUGUUUGGAUCUGAUGCAGUAGAGCCACGGCCUGGGUGGGAGCUGGUCAAGAACGGCGCCUUGCACUUGGAGACAGCUUGUGACAGCAAGGACCCGCGCCUGAGCAUACGUCGAGGGACACCACACAAGACUGAGAAACCUGUUCCCAAAAUCAGGAAAGACGGUAAAUUCAAGAUCAUGCAGAUAUCCGAUUUGCAUCUUAGCACCGGGCUGGGCGCUUGCAGAGACCCGGAGCCCAAGGGUGCUAACGGUGGUCACUGUGACGCGGAUCCAAGGACACUGGACUUCGUCGAACGUGUGCUGGACGAAGAGAAGCCUGACCUGGUUGUGCUUUCUGGCGACCAAGUCAACGGCGACACCGCGCCGGACAUUCAGAGCGCACUCUUCAAGAUCAUCGAGCCGCUUGCUGAGCGCAAGAUCCCGUACGCAGCCAUAUUUGGCAACCACGACGAUGAAGGGACACUCUCCCGCCAUGCGCAAAUGUCACUCUACGAAUCGCUGCCUUACUCCCUAUCCGAAGCCGGGCCAAACACCAUUGAAGGCGUUGGCAAUUACUUCGUUGAAGUGCAGGCACACAGCAGCAAGCACUCGGCGUUGACGCUCUACAUGCUUGAUACCCACGCGUACUCGCCUGAUGAAGCCCACUACCGAGGCUACGACUGGAUCAAGCCGAACCAAAUCAGCUGGUUCAAGACCACAGCCGAAGGCCUGAAAGACGCCCACAGCCACUACACACACCAGCAUCUGAACAUGGCAUUCAUCCACAUUCCGCUGCCCGAGUACGCUGACCGAAAUAACGAGUGGGUGGGCAACUGGACCGAAGGCGUGACCGCACCCGCAUUCAACACACACUUCAAAGACGCGCUCGUACAGCAAGGCAUCAAGUUUGUCUCCUGCGGCCACGACCACGUCAACGACUACUGCAUGCUCUCGAAAGAGCACACAACACAAGAACCCGAGCUGUGGAUGUGCUACGCCGGCGGCAGCGGCUUCGGCGGCUACGGCGGCCACAACAACUACCACCGCCGCCUGCGCGUCUUUGAAAUCGACACAAACACCGCCCGCAUCUCCACCUGGAAGAGACUCGAGUACGGCGACACUGGGAAGAGGCUGGACGAGCAGAUCAUCGUCGACGCUGGACGCGUUUUACCGGUCCAGCGUGAUAGACAGGAAUGA